GGUUAAAACGCUUCUCUUUCAGUUGUCGCUCGCCAACGUAGCGUUUCGCGCGGUGUCACGCAUGCCUCUCGGCGAUUUUCGACGAGCUGCUCGUGUUUCGCGCACGAGCAAGCACGUGUCUCGUUCUCAGCGAAUGCAUCUCGCGGAAUAGUAUUUCAUUUUCGUCGAUGUCCCGUUUCAUUUUCCUGUUGUGAAUUAAUCGUGCUUGCAUCUCGCCUCUUGUUCUGCUUUCAGCUUCUGCUUUUCGUUGGAAAAUCGUUUCGAUUAUCGAAAGUGAAAGCAACCGACGGAGAUUUUUUUGUUUCGGUGCGUGUCUCGAUCGUGUCUCCGUUUUAAAUUCAUCAAGCUACUCGAAAGCUUUGAAACGGAUUGAAUUGGGUCGAUCUCAUGUCUACGAAAGCAUUACGCGAGAAGAAUAGGGGAAGAUAGAAGUCAUUAAUCUUCGACGAGUAAUCUUAGUCGUGCUAUCUGGAAAACUUUGAAUAAUCGAAAUUCCAAACAAUUAGCGGACGUUUCGAAUAUCGAGUAUGUUGCUACAGUUUAUAAAACGGAAACAGUACUUCGGUGAAAAUACGUCAGUGAAAUUUAAACGUGUUUGAAAAAGAUUUAUGUUGAAAAAACACUUGUGAAAAAAGUUGAAAUUGCUCGAAUAAUUAACGUAGUUCUAAAAUAGUUCUUCAAUUUUUCUUUACUGACUAAUCAUGAAGUUUAUGGCAAUAAAAUGUGAUUUUCUACACGAUCAAAAUCACGGUCGUCGGAGCUGAGAGUUUGAAAAAGAAAAUUGACAACCGGAGGACGUGCUUCUCUAUUUCCUUCUGAAGUGACGUUCUUAUUUCACGAAGAAAAAUAAAAAUGUCACUGGUCAACUUCACCUUGCCGUAUCAGUCGGCAACGCCUACACCAUUCUUCUACGGUGGACAAAACGGAGGACAAUCGACAGCGAACAACCUUCGCCUCAACGCUGUACUUCCGCCUGCGCCCGCUCCAAAUUUUAACGAUCAGGAAUCUUUCCUGAACGAACCGUAUAUACCACCUGCUGCCUACCAACAACAGCAACAACAAAGGCAACGUCAAUCGACCUUCAACCGACAGAGAAACUCAAACGCGUUCGCCGAGCAAUCGUCCUUCUCGUCUACGCAGGACAAUCGAUACGCGAAUUACAAUCAAGAUUUUAGAAGAACGCAACCACGGCAACAGCAACAAAUGAGAUUCCCGCCGUCGUUGCCGCAACAACGACAACGAGUACCGACAGAGGGGGAUCAAGAUAAUUUUAGAACAUCGAGAAUGCCAGAACAGGAGAGCUAUCCUGAUAGACCGAACGGGUAUACGAGAGUUAACGGUGAAAGUGGACCUGGUACAAAAACUUCAAUUCACGCUGUUUUAGACUAUGAUGACGACUUCGAUGAUUACUACGACGACAAAGAUCCAGAAAUACCAAGGGACGCUCACGUAACGCCAAUUCAAGGUCCAAUCUUUUUGAAAAAUGGCUCAGUCCCCGUAGUGCCACUGUAUUCUUAUCCGCAAUUAAAUAAUGGCACAUUUGUACAGAUACCGAUUCUUUGGACUGCUCUCUCUGUUGCUCUGGGCGUUGAAUUGCGAGGAGAUUUAGUACGUGGUGUACCAUGCAUUAAAAAAUAUCAUCAGCUGUUUUGUCCAACUGCCGGAAAUACAUAUCCAAUAGAACGGAUAGAACGUUUUAUUGAUGAAAAUAAGGCAUUAAUGAAGAGAAUGUACGGUGACUUCGAAAUGAGUUCAGGAUACGGCUCCCCGACGAGAGAACCCGGUCAUCGAACACGUAGAAGAAGAAAAAGCAGGGAAGCUACAGAACACGAUAUUCCUGAUGGUGGUCCUAGUUUUCGUGACGAAUUGCAUCCGGAAAUGGUAGCUGAUGGUGAUUCAUUCUUCGCUAAUGUCAGAAGGAUCAGAAAUCCCCGACAAUCUCCUGGAAAAAAUCGGAACGAUAGUGGCAGAGUUGAUGCAUGUGAAUCUAAAGUGGAAAUUGUAACUCCUUAUUGGGCCAGCAAUAGUGCUGGCAAAAUUCGUGCCAUUGUGAACACACAACAUUUUGAGCAGGCCAUUCACCAGGAAGUUUGCUCGAAAACUCAGACAAACCGUUGUACUGGAGAUUGUGGUUGCGAACAGAAAUACAAAUGGCACAGAUUGCUUGCGUACGAUCCUGACAAUGAUUGCAAAGGUAUCUUUAUGGACUGGUUCCUUUUCCCGUCUUGCUGCGUCUGCAGAUGCGACCCGAUUACCAAUAAAUUUUCCUCCUCGAACAAUCGAAAUUAAACUUUAUUUACCUUUUUUACAAAUAAGAGCUUCUUAAGAAAUUAGGAAUAGAUGUGGAUUUUUAUGCAUUUAUGAAACAUUUAACUUUUAACUGUUACCAUCUAUUAAAUGCCAUCGAGGCCAUAAAAAUUAAUUUUGGAAUUUUUGAGUUGAUUUAAUUUUAUUUUUAUCUCCAUCCAGGAAAAAUAUAAAAUCAAAUAACUUAAAUUUUAGUAAAUAUACAUUGUUGUACUUACCUAUGACCCCAUGAUUUAAAACCUACAGGAUUAAAACUGUAAAAGUAUAUGGAACACAUCUAACUUACACUUUAUACUUAUCGUAGUUUAUUUUUAUUGUCUACUAGCCUCUAUAUUGCUGUUGAAUUUUGAUUAUGCUCUUUAAUAUUUUUUUCUCUCCUUUUUUUUGUUCCGCAUGUUGUAUAUUUUUUAAAAAAGA